UGGUUGUCUUGCGCUGUUUUGACCUGGGCCAGAAGGAAGGCAGGAUAUUCCAGUCCAUGAUGUCUGUGAGGAGAUUCUCCGUGUCUGACAACAUCACACAUUCUGCUGCCCCGGUGACAGCACUGGAUAACGUGACAACUUUGUCCCCAACAGCAACGCAGGCAGUCAAUGACACCAACAUCACUGUGCCUCACAAGUGCCUGCUGUUGCUCUAUGAGGACAUUGGGAAGUCCAGGGUCCGCUACUGGGAUCUUCUGCUCCUGGUUCCCAAUGUGCUUUUCUUUAUGUUUCUUCUCUGGAAGCUGCCCUCUGCCAGGGCCAAAAUCCGUGUCACUUCCAGCCCAAUCUUCACUACAUUCUACAUACUAGUGUUUGUGGUGGCUUUAGUUGGCAUUGCCCGUGCUGUUGUCUCCAUGACUGUGAGUGCCUCGGAUGCUGCCACGGUUGCUGAUAAGAUCCUGUGGGAGAUCACAAGGUUCUUCCUUCUGGCGAUUGAACUGAGUGUGGUGAUUCUAGGCCUUGCCUUUGGUCACCUGGAGAGCAAGUCGAGUGUGAAACGUGUUCUGGCAAUCACUACAGUGCUGUCUCUGGCAUAUUCUGUCACCCAGGGCACCCUGGAAAUCCUGUACCCUGAUGCCCACCUCUCAGCAGAAGAUUUCAACAUCUAUGGCCAUGGAGGGAGACACUUUUGGCUUGCCAGCUCCUGUUUCUUCUUUCUGGUCUAUUCCUUGGUGGUGAUUCUUCCAAAAACUCCUCUGAAAGACCGGAUUUCUUUGCCCUCCAGGAAGAGUUUUUAUGUUGCUGAACCUGGUGCAGGGCCUGGGCAGCCUCUGAACCUGGUGCAGGGCCUGGGCAGUGCCCUGCUCUGUGUGGAUAUCAUAGAAGGACUGUGCUGUGUCGAUGCUACCACGUUCCUUUACUUCAGCUUCUUCGCACCUCUCAUCUAUGUGGCGUUCCUGAAAGGCUUCUUCGGGUCUGAACCGAAGAUCCUUUUCUCCUACAAAUGUCAGGUGGAUGAACCUGAGGAUGUGGAUGUGCACCUACCCCACCCUUAUGCUGUUGCUAAGAAGGAAGGAAUGGAUUCUGGGUUCUACUCGAGCACUCAGAUCGACACCACAGCCUACCUGGAUGACGUGGCCUCUAUGCCGUAUCACGUGGGCAGCGUCAACAGCAUAGACAGCGACCGCUGGAAAGCCAUCAAUGCCUAAGGCAGGGCCACCCACGUCACACAAUGCCUCGUUCCUUUCCUGCCAAACUCCCUGAUACCAUGGCUAUUAGGAUGGCCAUUGGAAAUCUGUCCUUGGCUAUCUGCCAUGGCUUUCCUCUCUUCCUUAGGAUUUCUGAAACCUAUUGUGGAGCUAAGUUGACAGCCAGAAUCCUGCUGGAAAGAACACUUUCUGUCGCUACAUGAGAACAAUGUAGAACAGUUUUGUUCACAAGCAUAUAAACACUGAACCUCCCUGAUCCUCCGUGUUCCAGAUGUGCAUAUCACCCAGAAGACAGGCCUGACUGUUACCUCUUCCUUUUCAAUGACUAAAAGCACUUGUCUGCCAAUUAUGGGAAUGGCAUUUAGGGUUGAGGGUGUUGAUUUG